CCCCUAAAAGUGUGUCAAAAUUGUCAAGUCAUGCUCUUAAAAAUGGACAAACUCAUUCUUCCCUUUUAGCAUACGUAUAUGAAUUCACUUCCUGCAUACCAUCAGAGUACGAACAGUGAGUGCAUUGUGUCACCUGAAAAUACUACAAACUAGAAAUGGCGCCCUCAGUUCGAAAGUAUUCCAUCCAAGAGCCUUUCUGCCCCUGAAUUCAGCUGUUGAUCAAGGUCCACUUGGAACAUGGGCUUUCUUCGCACCAGUGAAAGAGCUACAAGGAGAGUGUUGUUCCAGGGACAAGCAACCUCACGAUAACUCAGUCAAAAUACGUGUGCGAGUACAACGAAAACAAGAUGAUCCCCAAUCCAGCCAGACAGUUCUUCGUCAAGACCAUCUUGAAGGUCCAAAGGUUCCAAAGUCAAAGCUCAAGGUCGGGAGUGUCCCUUGCGAAAGAAGCCAAGAGCUUCAUUCAACAGCCCGAGGGCAAAGUGGUGCUAUUCGCUUUGACCACGGGUUUGGCAGGAACGUCCUUGUUGUACUUCUUGUCCAAUAAUACCGAUGCUAAAUCAUUGGUCCACAAAGCCACAGGACACUUGAGCAGUGAUCCCAAAGCCAAGAGGAAAUUGACAGCCAGGGAAAAGCGCUUUAUGAAGUUCGCCUCGGUAGAAUACAAUGGCCAGAUUUACAUGACACCACAAGACUUCUUGGAAUCCGUGGUGGAAGGAGAGCCGCGGCCACGAUUUAAGCGAAAAACAUUAACUGAUAAGGACGUGGCUGAAGUGAUCAAUAAGGUGCCCAAAUUGUCUAAGAAUAAUGAGCAGUUCUUUCGAACUUUGGGCAACAGAGGAAUCAUUUCCUUCAGCGAAUAUUUGUUUUUGCUCACGAUUCUCAUCAAGCCUCAAUCCGGGUUCAAGAUUGCCUUCGCCAUGUUGGAUCAAGAUGGAAACGAAAUGAUUGACAAAAAUGAAUUUGCACUUUUAGAGACUGUGUUAAGCUCGGCCGCCAAAGAACGAAAACAGGUUGAGUUGGAUCUUCGUCCUGAAGGUGAGGAGAACGGUGGGCAAGCCCUCAAGGAAGCGGAGACCCAAGCCCAAGCCGUUUUUGAUGACGAUGAUCACGGCUUGCAACGGGCUCAUUCCGUGGACACCACUUUGCUCAUCUAUUUCUUUGGCAAACGUGGCAACGACCAGCUCAAGUUCGAAGACUUCCAUCGAUUCAUGGACAACCUGCAGACCGAGGUCCUUCAGAUGGAGUACCAAGAAUUCUCCAAAGGUGCGAAAACCAUCACCGAACUGGACUUUGCCAGAAUUCUGCUCAGAUACACUUUUCUCAAUACUGAGGAAUACGAGAACAUCCUUGAUCGGUUGGUGGAUCGUCUGGAGAAUGAAGUGGGCAUCACCUUCGAGGAGUUCAAAGACUUCUGUUUGUUCCUCAACAACCUGGAUGACUUCCAAAUCGCCAUGAGGAUGUACACACUCGCCGAUAAGGCCAUCUCCGAAGACGAGUUCUCCAGGGCCGUCACCAUUUGCACGGGACGGAAACUCAGCGAGCAUCUCGUGCACACCGUGUUCCAGAUCUUUGAUAACGACGGAGACGAACUCUUGACCUACCAAGAGUUCAUCGCUAUGAUGAAGGACAGGGUGAACCGAGGAUUGAAGACCUUUUCGAGACAAGAAGGCUGGACGGGUUUCAAACGAUGUGUUAAGCAAGAGGUCCGUCAAGGAUCUUCGACUUGAUUGAACACAUUCACUUCCUAGAAAUAAUAUGAGUUCAAUAUGAUAUUUAUGAGUUGCAUGAAACGAUGAAACGUUCGAACACUUCUUUUUCUUCAGAAUUGAGAAUCGACUUGAGUUGUCAGGUAAUGCAUCAUUUUUCGAGGCGUCUUAAAAGAAAAAUCCUUCCACUAUCAUUAUGUAUCUCCUCAGGAUGUUAUUUAUUUGUUAUUGCUCAUCUAGCCAUAUAAUACAUCCAGCUAUUCAGCGUUCAA